AUGUCUCAAGCAAAAGUGGCUCAAUCUCGACGCGGGCUACGUGGCAUUCGGAGAGACCGGGACUGUCGGAAUUGCAAGUCUCGUGGUGUGAAAUGUGAUCUAAACAGGCCACGAUGCCUGCCAUGCGUCCAAUCAGAAUUGGCAUGUGGCGGAUACCUACAGAGGGUCGUCUGGGCGAGUAACAAGACACUGGAUACCUCAAACUCCUCAGACGAGAGAACACGGCUCGCUGGGGCCGCUAUCGGCGACGAGCAGCGUGCCAUGUAUUUGGAUACCCUUGCGAGCCUGAACCAGGCACUUGAGAAUGCCAACCCGGUUGCGUUCCUCGGUAUCCUUGUUCUCGCCUAUUUCGAGGUUCUUUCAGCUAGCGAAUUCGGCGAAUGGCAAUUUCACCUUCAGGGGGCACGUUCGCUUCUGGAUCGUCGUUGCCAGAGCCGAAAAGAUGUUGACCAGCUAUGGCACUCCAUUGCAAACCUUCCUGAAAUGAUUGCCUACCUGAGUUGGUGGGACGUUGCGGGUGUUGUCAUCAGACACCUCAGUGGUAGUCGAGCCCAGUCACAGGAGCGUCUCAUCUUUCUUGACUGGCAUCGCGCCCUCAUAGGCGUCGAAUUCUUCGACACGGUCGCCAAAACUGCCGACACCUCACAGGAGAGUGACAAAGGAGCUCUCAUUGCCGAACAGAGCCGGCAUGUCUUGGCCAUGGAGCAGCUCCUACAACUGGGACUCGUCACGAACUAUCAAGGGAUGUGCAGAGGCACAUGGAGAUGUGCGGCGGCAAUAGCUCUUCUUACAUGGGACAGCCCAUCUCAAGAUACCGGCGAUCUGACGCCUGAUUGUCGACAGAAGGCGUUGGUGGCUGCUGUGGACAGGAUCUGCAGGGCCAUCUCUUCCGUCCCUCCGACAUCAAGAUCUUUGGCUCAGUGUAAGGUUACGAGUGGAUACUGGCGCAAUUGCCAAACGGGUGGCGUUCCGCGACAUCUUGGAGCUUUGGCUCAAGGUGAGCAGAGGUGGAAAAGGAUUCAUGUAACUUGA